AUGCUUAAUCACUCGAUUUUCAGUCUGGUCAAGAAACUGAAGACAACUAUAUUGAAUGUUACGGAAAUAAUGUUUUCGAAAUUUCUCUGGAUUAUAAUAGCAUUUGUUAUUAUUUUUUAUUUUUAUUUGAAGUACAUAAUUUUUAGUUAUUGGAAUAAAACAAAAGUACCUCAUGUACCUCCGGCACUCAUUUUUGGAAACAUCAAUUCCGAUUUUUUGAUGAACAGAGUUACCAUAGGUGAUAUGGUAAAAGAUUAUUACAAUCAGUUUCGAAAAGAAAAGUACUUCGGAAUGUAUAUAUUUCACAAUCCGAUUUUAGUGAUCAACGAUCCAGAGCUCAUUCGGCUAAUUUUAGUUAAAGAUUUUCAAUAUUUCGCAGACAGAGGUAUUCACUCAAAUGUAGAUUACGAUCCCAUGUCUUUCAAUUUAUUCAGACUUCCUGGAGAAAAAUGGAGGCACUUGAGAACCAAAUUAUCACCGAUUUUUACCUCGGGAAAAUUAAAACAACUAUACCCACUGCUAUUAGAUGUUUCUAAUGAACUCAUUGAUGUAUGUGAAGAAGAUCUUAAAUUUAGUGACAUUGUGGAUGCAAAAGAUAUUGUUGAACGAUUUAUAACAGAUUGCAUAUCAACGGUGGCGUUUGGUUUUAAUUGUAACAGCUUGAAAAAUCCUAACAAUGAAUUUCGAAAUUACGGGAAAUUAGGUACAGAUAUGGGAAAAUAUUCAGCUGUAAUCAGUAUAUUUGGAUCAAACAUUGUGGAUUUCUUUCGUCUACCAAUAUUCAAGAGUAAAGUGGACGAGUUUUUCAUAAAAAUAUUUCGAGACGUCGUCACUCAUCGGAUAGAAGAAAAAGUCGUGAGAAAUGAUUUUAUAAAUAUGUUGAUGGAUAUUACCGAUUGCGAAAAUACCUCUGAUAAAAAUUCUAUCAAUGGCGAUAAAUUAAAUAUGGUGGAAGCCGCGGCUCAAGUAUUUGUAUUCUUUAUAGCAGGUUUUGAAACCACAUCUACCACUCUCACAUACUGUUUACACGAGUUAGCAAAGUUUCCAGAAAUCCAAACGAAACUACAAAAAGAAAUUGACGAAGCUGCGAACAGUCCGAGUGGUUUUAAUUACGAAAAUAUUAUGAGCAUGAAAUACCUUGACAUGGUGUUUUCUGAGACAUUGCGUAAACACCCCCCAGUACCCUUUAUAAAUCGACUGUGUACGAAAGAUUAUCAGAUUCCUAAUUCGAAUAUUAUCGUACCAAAAGGAAUGAGACUCGCAAUUUCAGUAUCGGGAUUACAAAAUGAUCCAGAUAUCUUUCCUGAUCCAGAACGAUUUGAUCCUUUACGUUUUUCGAAGGAAAAUUGUACUGACAGGAGUUCUUACUACUUUUUACCAUUCGGCGAAGGACCUCGAAUAUGCAUUGCAAAAAGAAUAGCUUUUAUGCAAGGAAAACUUGGACUCGCAGUAUUGCUACAUAAAUUCAAUUUUUCUAUUUGUGAAGAUACACCGAUACCUUUGCAAUACAGUAACCGUACAUUUUUGUUAGUGACAGACGAUAAAUUAUAUUUAAGAGUAACCAGAAGAUAA